UUCAGGAUUUGUUGACCAGCUCAAACCUAAUUUUGUGAAGUCUAUUAGAAAGCAGAGUAACGCCAACGCAAUAGAGGCAGAGCUAUCCACCUUCUCUACCACCACACCACUACUUUUCUCUUAGUCCAAGUCAAACAAAAUUUCAUCCAACUUUCAUACAAAAUCUCUUUCCAUUUGUUACUCUCUUCUGCUCUCUCUCCAUUUUCCCUUCCAAUUUCAAACACUUCAGUUUCGGAUUCACCGUGAUUCUUCGGAGGAAUUGCCACAGUGAUGGCACAGAAGAGUUACAUCGUUGAGGUCGAGAAAGCGAAGGAGGCGAGUGAAGGAAGGCCAUCCAGAGGACCCGUGUACCGUAGCCUCUUCGCCAAGGAUGGAUUCCCUGCUCCUAUCGAAGGCCUCGAUUGCUGCUGGGACGUUUUCCGAUUGUCUGUUGAGAAAUACCCAACUAGUCCAAUGCUUGGUCGCCGGGAAAUUGUGGAUGGGAAGGCAGGUAAGUACAAGUGGUUAACAUACAAAGAAGUAUAUGACCAGGUGAUUAAAGUUGGGAAUUCCAUCCGUAGCUGUGGUUAUGGAGAAGGUGUAAAAUGUGGUAUUUAUGGUGCCAAUUCAGCAGAAUGGAUUAUGAGCAUGGAGGCCUGCAAUGCUCAUGGACUCUAUUGUGUACCUUUAUAUGAUACCUUGGGUGCUGGAGCUGUAGAAUUUAUUAUAAGCCACGCAGAGGUCUCAAUUGCAUUUGCGGAAGAAAAGAAGAUACCCGAGCUACUGAAGACAUUUCCAAAUGCAACAAAGUAUCUCAAGACUAUUGUAAGCUUCGGAAAGGUUACACCUGAACAAAGGCAAGAAGUUGAGAAGUUUGGGUUGGUAAUAUAUUCGUGGGAUGAAUUUUUACAAGUGGGUCAAGAUCAGAGUUAUGAUCUUCCAAUUAAGAAAAGGAGUGACAUCUGUACAAUAAUGUAUACUAGUGGAACUACUGGUGACCCCAAGGGAGUGUUGAUAUCAAAUGAGAGUAUUAUUACUCUCUUAGCUGGUGUUAAGCGACUGUUGGAGAGUGUCAAUGAACAAUUGAGUGAGAAGGAUGUAUACAUAUCAUACCUGCCUCUUGCACAUAUCUUUGAUAGGGUCAUUGAGGAAACAUUCAUAUGGCAUGGUGCUUCAAUAGGUUUUUGGCGUGGGGAUGUCAAAUUGCUAAUUGAAGAUAUUGGGGAACUAAAACCAACUGUUUUCUGUGCUGUUCCCCGUGUGCUCGAUAGAGUGUACUCAGGUUUGACACAGAAGAUUGCUUCUGGGGGCUUCUUGAAGAAGACAUUAUUCAACUGUGCUUAUUCAUACAAGCUGAAUAACAUGAAGAAAGGGUUUACACAUGGAGAGGCAUCCCCUAUUUGUGAUAAAAUUGUAUUUGAUAAGGUAAAACAGGGUUUAGGAGGUAGAGUUCGUCUUAUUUUGUCUGGAGCAGCACCUUUAUCUGCACAUGUGGAAGGUUACUUACGGGUGGUGACUUGUUGUCAUGUCCUACAAGGAUAUGGCCUGACUGAAACCUGUGCGGGAACCUUUGUCUCAUUACCAAAUGAAAUGGAAAUGCUUGGAACAGUGGGCCCUCCAGUACCAAAUGUUGAUGUUUGCCUGGAAUCUGUUCCUGAAAUGGGAUAUGAUGCCCUAGCAAGCACACCAAGGGGAGAGAUUUGUGUAAAGGGUAAAACCUUGUUUUCAGGUUACUACAAACGUGAAGAUCUCACCAAAGAGGUUCUGAUCGAUGAAUGGUUCCAUACAGGGGAUAUUGGAGAGUGGCAACCUAAUGGAAGCAUGAAAAUUAUUGAUAGGAAAAAGAAUAUAUUCAAACUUUCACAAGGAGAAUAUGUUGCUGUCGAAAACCUGGAGAACAUUUAUGGUCAAGUUUCCUGUAUCGAAUCUAUAUGGGUUUAUGGAAACAGUUUUGAAGCCUUCCUUGUUGCUGUUGUUAAUCCCAGAAAGGAAGCACUUGAACAAUGGGCACAAGAAAAUGCUAUAUCCAAGGACUUCAAUUCUCUCUGUGAAGAUGCUAGAGCAAAAAGUUACAUACUUGAAGAGCUCUCAAAGAUCGCAAAGGAAAAAAAGUUGAAAGGUUUCGAGUUUAUAAAAGGAGUUCAUCUUGACCCGAUUCCAUUUGACAUGGAACGUGACCUUAUCACUCCAACAUAUAAGAAGAAGAGGCCACAGUUGCUUAAAUUUUAUCAGAGUGCUAUUGACAACAUGUACAAGAGUGCAAAGUAAGUCGUGGCUCAGAGGGUGCUUUGGGAGUUUAUGUCACGGAGAAUUUAUUUUCAGCAAGUUAUUCUCUUCCUUCGAUUGUUUCCCUUAGGUGACUGUAUAUACGAUGAAUAUACGGAUACCCCAAUGGUAUAAAUGUAUUUGUAUUUAUAAUUUAUAAUUUCUUCACACCCAUACAUUUCUUUUUUUCUCUCUAGACGUGCACUUUUGAGUA